AUGGGGAAAGUGGGCGAGAUACAAGAGGAAGGAGUGGAAGGGUAUACACCACCACCCCCACAUUUUGUCCCAUCGGCUUAUACAAUUCUUAGUGCUCCCCCGGAUGCUCCCGCAGAUGCUCCUCCAGAUUACAGUCGUACGGAGAAGGCCCAUGUUGAGCAAGUCAGUUUGCAAAACAACGUGUCUGCUAAGAUCAAAAACCCAUUGGCCGAUCUCACCAAGGCCCAAGUCCUCCGCGACGUCGAAGAGUUUGCUCAGGAGCACCAGCUUACCCAUAUUCUACCGGAACUUCGAAAAGGGGCCUUGGUUGCUCGCGACCCAGGUGAAUUCGAGUCAGUCCCCGAUUUGACUGGAGUUGAGCUUGGAGCCCUGCGCGAUGAAGUCCUUCAUAAGUGGCGUCAACCAUGGGCUCUCUAUUUCACGAUCAUUCUUUGCUCCGUCGGUGCAGCUGUGCAGGGCUGGGAUCAAACCGGAUCGAACGGUGCCAAUCUUUCCUUUCCAGUUGCAUUCGGCAUCCCCGAGUCAGGGACGCCUGAUGCUGUCCGUAACGAGUGGCUAGUCGGUGUUAUAAACGCGGGCCCCUACCUUUCAAGCGCAUUCUUCAGUUGUUGGUUAUCAGAUCCUUGCAACCGGUACCUUGGUCGUCGCGGAACGAUCUUCAUGGCUGCGGUCUUCUGUUUCCUUUCACCAAUCGGCUCCGCAGUAACACAGACCUGGCCUCAGCUAUUCGUCACACGUCUACUUCUUGGUAUCGGCAUGGGGUUGAAAGCAUCUACCAUCCCGAUUUUCUGUGCGGAAAAUGUCCCGGCUAACAUCCGUGGUGGCUUGGUGAUGUGCUGGCAGCUAUGGACAGCAUUUGGUAUUUUCCUGGGCUACAGCGCCAACUUGGCUGUCAUGAAAGUGGGAACCAUCGCAUGGCGUCUACAAUUUGGCUCAGCGUUCAUUCCGGCUAUCCCUCUUCUCCUUGGUGUUUAUCUUUGUCCCGAGUCUCCUCGUUGGUAUAUUAAGAGGGGCUCGGCUGAUAAAGCAUACCAAUCUCUGCUUCGUUUACGAAACACGCCUCUUCAGGCCGCGAGAGAUCUAUACUAUAUUUCGGCACAAAUCAAGAUUGAACAGGAUAUCAUUGGUCCGAGCAACUACCUUACUCGUUUCGGUGAGCUUUUCACAAUUCCACGUGUUCGACGAGCGACACUGGCGUCGUUCACUGUCAUGAUCGCGCAGCAGAUGUGCGGUAUCAACAUCGUCUCAUUCUAUUCCUCGACGAUUUUCGCAAACGCCGGCGCUAGCAAUGAACAAGCUCUAUUCGCAGCGUGGGGAACUGGUCUGGUCAACUUUGUUUUCGCAUUUCCUGCUGUGUGGACUAUUGAUACAUGGGGCCGUCGAUCAUUGCUUAUAUUCACGUUCCCCCAAAUGGCUUGGACUCUCCUCGCAGCCGGAUUCUGCUUCAAGAUCCCCGAAAGCUCUAAUGCUCAUUUGGGCCUCAUCGCAUUUUUCGUGUACUUGUUCGAAGCCUUUUAUUCUCCCGGCGAAGGUCCCGUGCCCUUCACAUACUCAGCUGAAGUUUUCCCGCUUUCCCAUCGUGAGGUUGGUAUGGCCUGGGCUGUUUCCGUCUGCUUAGGCUUCGCCGCAGUUCUGUCCAUCACCUUCCCCCGCAUGCUUUACGCCAUGGGUGCUACAGGAGCCUUCGGAUUUUACGCGGGACUGAACGUCACCGCCUUGGUUAUGAUCUUUUUAUGGGUUCCUGAGACCAAGCAACGCACACUGGAGGAAUUGGAUUACAUCUUCGCUGUGCCCACCAGGGUUCACAUGCGGUACCAGGUUUUCAAGGUUCUUCCGUGGUGGUUCAGGAGAUACAUCUUUCGCCAGGAUGUGAAGCUGGAGCCUUUGUAUCACUUUGAUCACAUUGCUACGGAUGAGACGGUUGCGGAUAUUCGUAAACGGAGCGUUGUCUCUGCUAAUCCGAAGACCGAGGGUUAA